AUGGCUUUGCCAACUUCCUUUAUGCCCUUCAUUUAUGCUGGUUGUAAAUCCACGGCUAGACAUGAACUUUGGCAACAGUUACAAGAUUUCAGCUAUUCUAUAAGGGAAUUCUGGAUUUUUGGGGGUAACUUCACCUGCCUCUCUUCACCUAGUGAGAAGAAGGGUGGGACAUCUCCUGAUAUCAAUCUUAUGAACAUUUUCAAUGACAAUAUUCAGUAUGCUGGACUUUUUGAUUUGGGCUUUAUUGGUCCUAAGUACACUUGGAGAAGGGGGAAGAUUUGGGAGAGGCUGGAUAGAGUUUUGUGGGAGGUGGUCGAGAACAUUGAUAGUAAAGUACUUAAAGCUGAACAGAAGGUAUUACAGUUAGAACAACUCAUGACCUCUGGCAUUGGGUCUGAGAUGGAUCUUCAGUCUGCUAAUGAACAUCUGUUGGAUGCUUUCAACAUGCAAGAAGACUUCUAUGCUCAGAAGGCCAACAUAAUGAAAUUUUGUCAUGGGGAUAGAAAUUCUAAUUAUUGUCAUGCUUGCAUCAACUAUAGGAGGAAAUGCAACACCAUUCAUAAAAUCCUUUCUCAGGAGGGUCACUGGAUUACUACUGCUGAUGGCAUAGCUGGUAAUGCUGUUCAAUACUUUCAAAACAUUUUCAAACAAACUCCUGCCUCUCAACCUGCCAUUCAAUACACCUUAUUUCAUAAGGAAAGGGAGUUCGAGAAAGAGAGUUCACCCAAAGCCUCUCUCUCACUAAUAUUCCGGAUGAAAAGGAAAUAUGGGAAGCACUGA